AUGGAGGUGCCGACGCAACCAACUCAACCUACACAGGCCACCCAAGCCGCCUUGGAACACCUCACUCAAGAAGAUAUUGAAGAUGGAACUAUUUGCAGGUUGAUUUGCACCACUGGUCAACUCUCAAAUGUUGAUCUCAAAGAAAAGAAGAAUGGUGUUAAAGAGUGGUUCUUUGGAAGAAACGUCGCUUGUGAUAUUGCCUACAACAAUACUACAAGAUUAAGUAAUAAGCAUUUUAAAAUCUGGAGUGGUGAUUCCAAUGUUUUGAUUCAAGAUUUAUCAACUAAUGGUACUUGGGUCAACAAUCAAAGAUUGGUAAAGGGACAAAAUUAUAUAUUGAGUCAAGGUGAUGAAGUAUCGGUAGGGAUUGGUGUUCCUAAAGAUGUUGUGAGGUUUAUUGUUUUUUUCCCCAAAGUUCAAAAGUCCUCAACUUCAAGCACCAGAAUUGAAGAAGGUAUUAAUAAAGAAUUCUCAAUCAAAGACGAAGUUAUAGGGCAAGGUGCAUUUGCAAUUGUUAAGAAAGCAGUGGAAAGAUCAACUGGGAAAACGUAUGCUGUCAAAAUAAUAUCGAAAAGAAAGAUUAUGGGAAAUACAGAUGGUGUCAGUAGGGAGUUAGAAAUUUUAAGAAGAUUAGAUCAUCCAGGUAUUGUGAGACUACGAGGAUUUUAUGAAGAUGACGAUAGUUAUUACCUUGUUAUGGAAUUUGUUCCUGGUGGUGAUUUAAUGGAUUUUGUCGCAGCACAUGGUGCUGUUGGUGAGGAAGCUGCUAAAGAAAUUUGUAAGCAAAUCUUACAAGCUAUUCAAUAUGUCCAUUCUUUGGAAAUUUCCCAUAGAGAUCUGAAACCAGACAAUAUUUUGAUUGCACAAGAUGAUCCAGUCUUGGUGAAGAUUACAGAUUUUGGAUUGGCUAAAAUAUCGGAUACUGGUACUUUUAUGAAAACAUUUUGUGGUACUCUAGCAUACGUUGCACCAGAAGUUAUUGAUGGAAGAUUGUCUAAAAUCACUGAUAGCAACAAAUACUCAUCCUUAGUUGAUAUGUGGUCAUUGGGAUGCCUUGUUUAUGUUAUUUUAACUGCACAUUUACCAUUCAGUGGAAGUACCCAAGAUCAACUUUACAAACAAAUUCAACAAGGUUCAUACCAUGAACCACCUUUAAAAGAAGCUGGUGUUUCCAAAGAGGCUAGAAGCUUUCUAGAUUCUUUAUUACAAGUUGAUCCUAGGUUCAGAUUGACCGCUUCUGCUGCUUUAUCUCAUCCUUGGAUUGCAAGUUUUUCUCAAAGCAAUUCUCAAAUCUCUCUAUCACAAUCUCAAUCACAACAGCAAAGACUUGAAGCCGAAAAAUUACAUUUUGAUGAGUUUGAAAAUAAAGAACGAAUGGAAAAAAUAUUAGAGGAUCAUGUUUUCAAAGUUCCAGCACCACCUAAUCCGAAUAAAAAGAAGGUUCCACAAAAGGAUGAUCAAGCAUCACAAGCAUCACAACAGAAAACAACUCAAAUUGCAGAAAGAUCACCUUCGGAAGAUCAAUCAUUCGAUAGAACAUCACUAAUAGAAAAUGAAACAUCAGUUGUCAAGUCUGAAGAUGGGGGAGCACCAAGACCAGAAACCGAAGUCACUACACAAUGUCCAGCUGGUACAUCUUUCACAUUAACACCAUCAACUAAAAGCAUUGAAAGUAACCCAAUUUUUAUUCCACAAGGUGUUAGCCCAUUUGUUAUUGGUAGAAAUGCUGCAUGUCAUCAAACAAUUGCAGAGGAUAGAUUAUCCAAAAUUCACUGUGCAUUUACAAAGAAAAGACAUCCUGUUGGUACAAGUCUUUAUGAAAGUCCAGCUCAAGGUUUGGAAGAUAUUUGGUUGAUUGAUUUCAGUACCAAUGCAUGUUAUAUAAAUGGUACUAAAAUUGGACGUGGCAAGAAAGUUUUGGUGUUCAAUAAUGAUGAAAUUAUGUUAUUUAAUGAUAAUAAUAAGAAGGAAACACUUUCAUUUAAAGUUAGCAUAGUUGAUGGGACCGGGUGUUUUUCCCAAUUUGGGAGUUCUUUUGAAUUCUUUGUGCCGUAUAGUGUGUGA